ACAGGCGCCUUCCCUGCAAGGGCUCAGGGAAUGGAGUCCAGCCCGUCGGAAAAAGGCAGGCGGCGCUCCGAGACCUGGCACCCGCGGUGCUGCUGCUGUGGCCCCAAACCCUGCUGCUUCUGCUGGCGCUGCUGCAGCAGCUGCUCAAGGAGUCGGACGGUGAGAAGGAGACGAAGAGACGGGUUCGGGCACAAGACAUCCAGUGUCUCCCAGCUGGAGAUCCCCCCGGCCCACGAGGAAAGGCUCACGCUGGAAGAAGCGUCCUCCUGGAAGCGCUCGUUUGAUUGCGUACUGGCGAGCCCGGCUGGCCGGAACGUCUUCGUGGAGUUCCUGCGGACAGAGCACAGUGACGAGAACAUGGCCUUCUGGCUGGCCUGCGAGGAGCUCAAGAGGGAGCAGAGCCAGGAGCAGGUCUGCGAGAAAGCCAAGAAGAUCUACCUGGAUUACAUCUCCAUCCUGUCCCCAAAGGAGGUCAGCAUCGAUGCUACCGUGCGCGAGUCAAUCAACAGGUCCCUGGCGAGGCCCAGCGCGCACAUAUUCAACGAGGCCCAGGCACAAGUCUAUGCCCUCAUGCACCGAGACUCCUACCCCAGGUUCCUGAGCUCACCACUGUACAGGUCGCUGGAGCAGAGACUGUCCGCCCUGGCUUGUGACACGUAGCAAAGCCCCUUGCACGC